UCAGUUGAACUAUAGAACGUGAGCUCGAGCGACUGUGCUGCUUCAGAACUCGACGGCGUUGCUGACAGAAAUAUUCUGCUGUAUCGUUAUUAUCAAAGUUGUUUAUUGUUUAUUACUUUUAAAGUAUUACAGAGGAAUAUAAUUUCACUCACAUUUUACAUUCCAAGAUGCUAAAAGCUUACCUCGCUUUGGUUUUACUGGCUGCUGCUGCCUUUGCCGAAUCGGUACGAGAGACAGAAACGUGGAUGCCAAUAAAGCCUGGGCGUUCACAUGACGACCUUGUUUCCUCUGGCGAUUUUGGAUUUCCAGACGAAGUUAGCCCUACACCUUAUGAUGAGGAGGACGAUGACGACGAUGAUGAUGAUGAUGUUGAUUACGACAAAGAAGACUAUGAUUACUUUUCAGGAUCUGGUGAUGAAGAUGUACUUUUCGAUAAAGACCUAAAAGAGAUGGCCGAGCCUGAAGAGUUUGAUAACAGCAUCCCAGACAUCAUACCAUCAGCUAAGCCUCUGCCAACAGAAGAUUCUAAUGACAUCAUAGCAGUGAGGAAUAAUGAGAUUGCUUACGAUCCCAGUGUCUCUCAGUCACACACAGGAGAACAUAACAUCUUUAAAAAGACAGAAGUUCUAGCAGCUGUUAUUGCUGGUGGUGCUGUUGGGUUGCUGUUUGCUGUGCUGCUCAUCCUCCUCCUUGUCUACCGAAUGAAGAAAAAAGAUGAAGGCAGCUAUGACUUGGGCAAGAAACCUAUAUACAAAAAGGCUCCCACUGCCGAGAUCUACGCAUGAACACAUUCUCAAGCUAACUCAAAUAUGAACUCUGAACUCUAUACAGUCACAUAGUGCCUCUGAUGCACAAUCAGCCUCUUUUUUACUGUUCAGAGCAAGAAACUGCAAAGUACCAUCUUAAGUGAAACCAUGAUUACUCUGACUGCACAUAUGAAUAGAAACUCAAGGGAAGCUCUCUGUUGCUGAACUGCACUGUAAAGUCUUGAUAUUUUUCUUUACAUGUCCGGUUUCCUUCUUUUGCCCAAUUAAGUACCCAUUGUGUUUCCUUUUUUAUCUUCCCUGGCUCAUAACACACUACAAUGUGCAAGAGGGCCGGUUGCAGCUAAACGAUAUGAAUAAGAAGUUUAACAGUUCGUGGUUUUCCUUUGCACACGUCUGCAGUAUUUAGCAGAAAUUGUUGCCAACGAGGGAAAUUUUACUCCAAUCUUUUGAUUUAAAAUAAAUUUUUUAUCAAAGCCUGGUGCUGAAUUAUUUUAUUUCACUUUAAAUACAAAAAGGAAAAGUAACAAUGCAGAUUAGUAUUGUCUACUUUUUGAAACUGACCUCUAGGCUUUUUGCAGUAGCAAAGCAUUUAUCAUGCCGACUCGUAUCUAACACCGUUAUUAAGGUGUUGGUACAUUCCAUGCCAUCAACUUCACAGUAAGUACGGAUGAUUACGUUUAAGGCUCAGAUCAUGGCUAUGAUUUUAUUAAAAGUUAAGCCCAGCCGUUACAUUACUCUAAGCUCAUUUCAAAGGUACUUGUCUUUUUGCUUCUGACUGAAUAAGGUCUCUGCAAACAGACUUCUUAUUUCCAGGGAUCUGUAUAUAGCAGUUUAAUAAUACAUUGUAUAACUCUGUACUUGGUCAUCUGACAGUUUUCUAUUUACCAAAUAUUUAAAUGCCAAAAUUUUCAUGUUCUGUCUCGGUAUUGAGUUUGUAAAUUAAACGUGGAGUCAUGGAUUAAUUCCAAUUUUUUAUUAUUUUCUUUCUUUACCAACACAAAUGUUUAAAACUUAUGACCAAUGCUAAUGAUGAUUUUUUUUUUCUAUCACUCAGUGUUUUCUUAGUUAACGUUUAUCUUAUGUGUCUUCAGUGCUCAUUUUGUUUUAUUUCAUUUUGUGUUAAUUUAACUGUCAAAUAGCAUAUUUGAUUGACUUCUUUCUGGUCAGGGGUUGCUCUAAGCUGUAUGUACAUUUAGAAAAGUGAAAUUAAAACACUAGUGAAAGAUUUUCCAAAAGUUAAAGCAGUUUGUUUUGUAAUAUUGUAUAAACUAUUUCUUUAGAUCUUUUUAAGCAAUAUCUAUUUAUAUUUUGUAGAAAAAGUGAGUGACCCAUGUUCUGUGUGGAAGCUAAAGUAAGAAAAUCUGCUGCUUUUUUCCUUCACAAAGAUGUGAAAUCAGUGAUCUUCGGGAGAAAUCAAUGGGUCAUUGGUUUUUGCGUGUCAGUUCUAAUCUGAUUGGAAAUAAAGCUAUUUUUAUGCACAUUA